GUUUUGAAGAAAAAGAUGAAAGCCCAUUUUAUUUGAAUUCUUAUUUUAGCUAUUUCUAGUCUUUCCCUUGCAAGAAAAAUAGAGUUCCACUUUGAGAACCUUAAUGAUGGAUCUUUUGAAACUGUCACUUGACAAGUUGGAGACCAAAUUGAAGUUCAUCUAGCAGAAAAUCCAGCAACUGAUUUUAAGUGGUUGAUUCCUGAGGAGAAAGAGGGUUUUAACUCAAUUUGGACUAUGGGCGAUGAUAAAUAUGAUGAAUUGCCGCCAACAGGCAAGCAAUCAUCAGGAGGUAUUCACACCUUCCAACUUAACUGCGAUUAUGCAGGAACUGAACAUUUAACCUUUGUCUACGGUAAACCAGAACUUUACGGUAGAGCAAUUGCUGAAUUCAAGAAGGAAGGAGUAUUUAAUGCAUUAACUAUGGGAGGUAAAGCGUUACAGCUAAGGAUUACUUCAUUGAGAUAA